GGUCCUGAGGGGUGAAGCUGUCUUAGCGAGAUUGUUUGAAGAUCACAGUCAUUUGUAUAACUUCGAUUCUGGUGCACCAUCAUAUAGAAUAAGAGAGAUCCCAAUAAAAUUGUUGAAGUACUUAAUGUUGGUGUUUUUUUCACAUACAUGCAAUCUGCUUCAACGUAGCCUGAAAUGGCCAUUACAUAAAAGAUACACAAUACAUAGGCUCCAAGUGCUGGUUCUACAUUUUCCUCUAGAUUCGUCCAACAAGGAGGGUCUUUUGUUUUCCUCUGUUCUGUGCACAAUGAGAAAGUGAGAGUCUAACAUGAUUUAUACGAAGGCCAGAGGUCAUGACUACCAAGAUGGCGUCGACGUCUGUUGAAGUAGAGCCCCAUCAUUAUGCACCAAUCCUCGUUUAAGAUAGAUGUGUUUUUGUGACAUCUCUCUGCAACAUUAUGCGGUAUGUUAUACAUGUUGUAAUUUAGAGUGUAAUUUUUAUGUUCGACACUUUACAAGCUGUACCGUUUGGAUUAAGACACAACAUCAAACCCUACCUGCAUUGCACUGGUCUGUGAUAGUCCUUGCAUCGGCAUAACGUCAAAUUUCUAUCACAAGUGUAUUUAACAGUACUGGUUAACUGCAACUUUUAAAUAUCCAAUACAAACAGUCUAAAGGGAAUAUUGUUGGGGGCUUCUUGGCUUUCAGUGGUGCCGAUGAGCUGACCUAUGUAGUCCUUGUAGGAAGCUGGACUCCAGGUCAAUAUUGGCCAACGGUGCCUCAGUUAAACCUUUAUUAGCGGGUAUCCCACUGAAGCUGCAACACGGUGGUGACCUCGGUGGGGCGGAGAGAUUGCAAUUUGUUAGUGCGCUCAGCGAAUCUAUUUUACCGAUAAAAAACGAAUCUCCUAACGUUUUGUGUGUUUCGUUAUCCUUUUAGCUAAACAUGUACGUUUACAUGAUAUUUCCAUUACAAAUUCAAGGAUUACUCAAAUCAAACGUCAGUGAGAUACCAGCUUUAUAACUAUGUUGGGAGGCUUGUUUCGCUAUUUACAUUAGCUAACUGCAAACACACGUGAAAAGUGACACACAGGAAAAGGAACAGCUGUAUUUUCGGCGACGCCUGCCUUCACGUCAGGGACAUUGUUCUAUUUGCACUCCAGAACAAAUAGCAUUAAAUAAUCUAGACGUCAUAAUUAGGCCAGAUGACUAAUGCGGAGGUCACAUUUGGUAUAAUAGAGCUGUGCAAGAUGCAGACACUGGUGCUAGUACUGCUUUACUUCGGGGCCGCAGCUGGUCAGGUGUGCCACGAUUACCAGUUCCAGUGUGCUAACGGGAACUGCAUCCCGCUCAGCUGGGAGUGUGAUGACUACAACGACUGUGGAGACAAUAGCGACGAGCAGAACUGUAAUGGCGGCACACAGCAGUGCUCGGCAUCCCAGUUCCAGUGCACCGACGGCAGCUGCAUACCCACCGUCUGGGUCUGUGAUGGCGACAACGAUUGUGGCGAUAUGAGCGACGAGCAAAACUGCAACGGGGAAGGUGGACUGGCGACAUGUGGUGGGUUCCUGAACGAGACUGCCGGCAGCAUCAGCCCUCCGUACGGCAACAACAUGGACUGUAUCUGGACCAUCAGCGCGCCUGCGGGCUACUUCAUUGAGGUGGAGUUCACAGCCUUUGACGUCGAGGAUGACGGAUCGUCCUGCAGAUAUGACUAUGUUGCCGUGUACGACGGCGCCGACACCUCCGCCCCGCUUCUCGCCAAGCUGUGCGGCAGCACCAUCCCGGCCCCGCUCCGCUCACAGGGCAGCGCUCUGACGGUCAGGUUCGUCACGGACUCCAGCAUCACGGAGACCGGCUUCACACUUGUCUACACAACAACAGACCAGCAGCCCAUGCACGCGUCUGGCUGUGGUGGUCCUAAGGAGCUGACCGGUCCCUUCGGCGACUUUUUCAGCAUGAACUUCCCAAACAACUACGGCAACAACGCGCAGUGCAAAUGGGAGAUAACGGUGGAAGCAGGAAAGAGGAUCAAUCUGGUCUUUCCUAUCUUUGAACUUGAGACAGAGAGAGACUGCAACAACGACUUUGUAGAAAUCAUCGACAACAACAUUUCUCAAGGACGUCUCUGUGGUAACCUCAACGUGCAGCUGCCACCGUACACUUCUAUGUCCAACACGCUGUCUGUGAUGUUUUACAGUGACGAUAGCACCACCGCGACGGGCUUUGCUGCCCAGUAUACUACCAUUGUAUAGUGAUACAACGUGAACACUCUUGGUGUACGCCCGAGACCUUAAUGACUAAUAGCUACUACUUAAUAAAUAUCCAAUAAUCCAACUUCAGAAAAGAACAAGAAAUAGUCUUGCUUCAACCUAAGAAUAAUGUGUUCAAACGUUUUGCCUAGCAUUAUCGUAGAGUGAAACUUGUUCCAACCAAGCCUCAUAAUGCAGCUUUGAACAACGCUUCCAUCUAGAUGUGCAAAGGUAAGGUGUCAGCUGCUGCCGAGUGAAGCUGGUGUGUUACAAAUAAGGUUGGUUACACUGGCUACAUAGAUACAGAUUCGAUAUUAUGUACAUUCACGUAAACAUAGGAACACUGUACAUGUAUUAUAUAUGGAGGAAGUUUUUGUCAUAGAACAUCAGGCAACAUAAUUGUAUAUGAAGUGUAAUCUAAAGAAAGAAUGCAUGUAUGCCAAGAGAGUCUCUUGCUAUGCUGCUGCAGUACCAAGGCCACACACCAGGGAGCAAAAUUGAAUUAACUUGACCUUCGUCAUCCCAAGUUCUCUCCACAUAACAAAAAUCAUUACAAUCCAUCUACAGGCUCUAAAGCUACUAGAAUGCUGACGAAAAUCUACAGAUAUAUAGACAGGUUGACAGACAGACAGACAUCAUUAUUAGAUAGAUACACAUAAAUAUAGACACUCAUAGACACACGAAAAACAAUACCUCCAUUUUCAUGAAAUUAAAAGAUAAAAUAAAGCUAUCCAUAGAUAUACACAUCCAUAGAUAUACAUAUAACAUGAAACAAUAGCAUCAAAUAAUAACAACCGUCCUGCCUAGAUUAUGACAAACUAUUUGUAAACCGGGAUGAUGUAGCAUUGUCAUAAUAAAACCAUCUGGGUGCUUCA